CCACGCGCCCGCUGGGCACGGCGCCAGUGGCGUAACGCGGAAGCGGGCGGGCCGGGGACAAACAAAAAGAAAAGAAAAGAGAGAGAGCACCGGCGCCACGUGACCCCCGUCGUGACGGACUUCCUUCCGGCGCUGGGGCGGUCGCUCCUCCCAUAGCCAAAACGAAAGGGCCAUCCGGAGCGGGCGGGCUCGUUCGUUCGCGAUGGCGGCGGCGGCGGCGGACGCGACCACGGCCAUGACCAUCGACUUCCUCCGCGCGCGCCUCCUCUCGGAGCGCUCCGUCUCCCGCGCCGCCAAGGACCGCGCCGACCAGCUCGCCAACCGGGUCGCGGAGCUGGAGGAGCAGCUCCGGGCAGUGACGGCCCAGCGCCGGGAGGCGGAGCGGGCCGCCGCCGAGGUGCUGGCCAUCCUCGACUCGCAGGGCUUCACCGACGCCGCAGAUUCCGGCUCCGACGACGACGGCGCCGGCGGCACCCCCGAGGCCCCCGGCCACGGGAGCGUCGAACCCCGCGGGGAGGCGGAGGACGCGCUGUCGGGCUCGGAGCUCGGAGGCCCGGCCGGGGCGCCUCGGCCCGGGGGCCUCUCCUGGAAGGGCCGCGCCGCCAGCCCUGGCGCGGACAGGCGGCAUCCGCAUCUCAAAGCCAGGCAGCUCAGGCAGCGGCACGGCCAUGGCCACAGGAGGAGCUACUUUUACUUGCUCGCCGCGGAUUCUUCGCCCAAGUACCAGCCGGGCCAGUCCUGCCGGAAGAUCCGGAGAAAGGAGCCGAGAUUACAUACUGAAGGCGGGGAUGGCAAGGGCAAUGCUGCCGAGGGUCUGGAGGAGGACCAGAUAAAAUCCGAUUGCACCGAUGAGCAGCAUGAUUUGGACGGUGAGGUGGGCCAAGACGGGCGAGGUUCUUGUGGUGGUAGUGAGUAUGAGAAGGGUGGGGAGAUGGAGAGAGUCCUCGAGAAUCAGGCUGCCCUGAUUGGGCAGUAUGAGGCACAAGAAAAUGCUCAGAGGGAGUGGGAGAAGAAAUUCAAUGGGAGCAGAGAUUCAAAUCUGGAUGAUGUUGGUCGAGAUAAUAAGUUAAAUCAGAAUGAAAAAGCUUGGGGACAGAGGGGCAGAGCUGCUCAGAUUAUGAAUAGAGAACUAGUUGGUGAAGAGGCACGAUCAAGGGAUAAAAAAGAUCUCUCUGGAAUCAACAGUGCAUCGGAGUUUUUGUUGAACGAAUCUGCCUUUGGCUUGUCCACAAAUGCUCGAAAUGUAAGUGCUAUAGGGAAGUGUGAAGGAUCUGAUAAUGAUUUCGAGCGGGCUACUGCAGUAGUUGCUUCAGUUGUUGAUGAAUUGCAUGCUAGGAAGGAUGAGCUAGAACAUAAAAGUUAUACUGAAAUUAUUGAAGGGAGUGGGAAUAAUCUUGGAAGAUCAGCUUCUUCACCACAAAAAAGCUAUCAUAGCAGCCCAAAUGCAGUACAUAAUAAAGGUCAAGGAGAUGGGAAUUCAGACAGUGGUUCAAGCUACCAUGGGAAUGCUCGCUCUUAUGAGCACUAUGUAACCACACCAUCACUUGGAAGUCCUUUAACUGAUACCCCUAAAAGCAAAGUGUCUGAAUGGAGCUCGUCAUGCUUUCAUAACCAUACCGAUAACCAGAUUGACAUGCAGCCACCCUCAAGUGAUGAUGUGGGAGGUGUUCUAGAGGCACUUCAACGUGCCAAGAUGUCCCUCAGGGAAAAACUGGGCAGGGCAAGUCCACCCAGGCAAGACAUGCUGGCACUUCCAGCACCAGAGGAUCACUACACAGAUGAUGAUUUGCAAGUCAACGACACAGAACUUCCACUUUGCAUGUCACAACGGCUUAGCCAGGAAAUAUUGGCAUUGCCAGCAUCAGAAGACUACCUUAGCAGGAUCAGUUUACCAGGUGAUGAUGCAAAGGUACCAGUUGGCCCUGCUGGCUUGUUCCGGUUGCCAACAGACCCGUUUCCCCAAAACGAGGUGUGUUCCGCUGAUGGCUAUGGCUCAAGGUUCAGUUUGACGUCAAGUCGGCAGACCGUCUUUUCAAGAAACCCUGCUAGUCAUAUCAUGUUAACUUCAUCCCGCCCCCAGUAUGGUUCUGGUUUCUCACUGAAUCCGUAUUACGAUCUUCAUAAUUCAAUGUAGUCAAUGCCUACAACAGGGGAUGCUUCUUUCAUCCCAGAAAUUCUAAGGUCUAGCGAUGAUUCAAGAAGGGGAAUGUCUUCUGGUGAUGCCGGCAUGCUUUCCCAGUAUGGUAGUGCUUAUGAUUAGUAGCUGGAGUGUACUAGUAGCUAUGCAUGGUUAGAAUCCCAAUAUAGCCUCUGAGCUAGAUGCUAUCUGUUGCGUCAGUUCUUCGUAUGGUUUGAUAAUGAUGUGUGUCAUGUUGUAUUACUAUCCAAGAAUAAAUUUUGUCUGUAAGUAGUGUAGGCUUCUCUCUUUUGCCCUCAUGAGGCAUUACAAAGUGUUACUGAUAA